CGAGGGCGCGACGCUCGGGGAACCCGGAGCCCUCGACAGGGACGUCCGCCCGCCCCCAGCCGUCCGCUCACCAGACGGCCCCGAGAGCGUCGGAUCUGGCGAGCAGCUCGGAGGGCCCCGUGGCCAGCCUGUCGAUCGAGCAGUUCCGCGAACAGGUUGGAUGGCCGUCGGGCGGUGGGGCGGGUCUGCCCGAGCCCGGUGACAGCCGCCGGUCCUCGGGGAUAUCCACCGCGUCCACCGUCGAGGUCAUGAUCAUCGACCCGCCCCCCGCCCGGCACAGUCUGCGGCACAGCGAGAAGAGGUCCUCGUUGCGCUCGACGAGCUCGCCCGUCACCAAGUCCGAACGCGCAUCCACGUCCUCCCAUUCGGAUGCGCAUCAUCACCGCUUGGUGCGUAAGAUCGGACGGAUCUCGGACAGUGAUCGGCGCAGCAUUGCGUCCGAAAUCUCCGCCUCGGAGAUGUCGACGUUCAGCGGGGUCGCCUCGCCCCAGGUGGAGGUCGUCCCCGUCGUGGUGAUCCCCGAGCGACGCUCGUCCCUCAAAUCGUCCGCGCAGUCGUCCGCCCCGAGCAGCAGGGAUCCGUCCAAAGUGGAUUCGUCUCGUCGCUCGCGUCGACGGUCCGGGAGCCGAACCGAGUCUCUCGAUCAGUCCCGGUCCCGACGGCGGACCCGAUCCCCUUCGAGCGCCCGCUCCACGCAGAGCGCGUUCGGGCACCCCGUCGUCCCGCCCCGGAGCUCCUCGCUGUCGGCGCCCACGAGCCGCAACAACUCCCGCUCCACGUCUCUCACCUCGGAGAGCCUGCGUCACCACACCCUCGCCAUGGACGCCGUACCGAGCCAGCCCCAAAAGUCCCAGAAGCUCGCGGGGCGAGAGUUUCCAUCCACCGACGUCCCGCGGACGCAGUCCAUCCUGAUCGGCGUGGAAGACAUGGCGCAUCUCCAUUCGCCCGCAGUGACGGCGACGCACCCCUCGUUCCCGUCGCUGUCCCCGGGGCCGAUCGAGAUCAACGAGGCCAUCACCGUGGCGUUCUUCCCGCACAACAACGAGUCGAUCUUACUGGUCGACCCACAGGUGCGCGAGCAGGCGGAGCGCCAAGCGUCACAGCUCUAUCAGGAGACCACCGAGCCACGGACGCCCGAGAUGCAAAUGCAAUGCAACGCGGAAUCACCCUUGGUCAACCCCCGCUCGCCGCCUGAGCCUCCAGCCUGCAAGGUCAUCCCGCCGACCGUCAACAGCGCGACGGACCUGACCCCCGCCACGACGAACCACAGCCGCGCACCGACCAUCCUCGGCCCCGCAGGGCCGCACCUUAGCCCCGCAGCGACAAACCUCACCCCGACGGCGACGAACCUCAGCCGCACAGCAACGAACGACACCAACCCGGGUCCCUUCCGCCGCGUGGCAUCAGCACGGCGUCCACGGAUCCGACCAGGCUCAGAGUCCUUCCACUCCUUCAUACGCUCGCUCUCCCUGCGCUCAGCGGAGAACCGCAAAGCGGGACAGGAAAUCGACCACAGCCUGCACCCAUUCUGGCGGCCCCGGCGCUUCUGGCCCGAAUCGUCCGAACCAGAAGACGACUCCCCGCGCGAAGAGAGCAUGCGCUUCCGCGACACCGACCCAGACAACGUCAUCAGCAACUCGCUCGGCAUGCCACAACAGCGCGUGGCCUUCAACGGACCCCCGCCGCCACUGUCCCCGCACCGUCCCGCCCCGCGGCCCUCUGACAUCACAAUUCCCUACAGCGCUGCCACCAACCGGCACACCGUCGAGACAAGCGUCUUCAGCCCCGAAGCCUUCCGCUCGCAAACAUCCUUCCACCAAGACCGCUUCCGCUCCGUAUCCUGGUGGCGCCUGCGCCUCCGUCUAGGCAACGUGCGCAACCUCCGCAAACGCCUCCGCCGGACAUUCCAGAAACGCGCCGAGGGGAAGCGCGAGGCGCGCCGCGAAAAGCUCAAGCAGAGUAUCGGCGAGAUGAAACCGCUUGGCUCGAGUACGAGGGGGAUUGCGCAGUGGUGGCAUGGAUUGCCUGAUAAUUCAUGAUGUGACCAGAUUGAUGCGUACACGGUUGAUUGAUUGAUUCUUUUUUCUGCGAUUUGAUUUCUUUGCAUUUUCGCUUUUGUUCCAAAUUUUAUGUCGUUAUGAGUUACGAGUCAUGACUUGAUGAGAUGAGAUGAGAUAUACCUGCUUGCUUUCUUGUUUUUGUCUUUAUACCGUUCAUUGAAUUUGGCUUUGAUAUUGUUGAUUCAGGAUGAUCGAUCCCAACUUGAUCCAGUCAAUUGAUCUAUCUUCAUGUUUUAUGCCUUGAGUGUAUCAUAUCACGAGUUAUGCAUUCAGUUCUAUCUACCUA